AUGACCACAGAACCAAAUCCAAACUCGACCUCCGACCCCGACGGCCAGCCCUCCUCGUCCGCCGCCCCCGCCCCCUCGAUGACCAUCCCCCACCCACCCAAGAAGAAGCGAGUCGACGACCCCGCCCUCCCGCCCGACGCUGGCCUCAAACCCGUCCAGCUCCAGCGCAGACGAGUCUGGCGCGCAUGCGAGUCCUGCAGGUGCGUGCCCGUGAUCGUCGCUCUCCCACUAUGUCCCUCCCCCGCCCCCGAACCCCUCCCCGCGCCGGUCCCCCUGCGCCCGCCUUCCGAGUCCCAGGCCCGAUCUGAUCACCACAAGAUCAAGUGCGAUGGCAUGGAGCCCACAUGUUCGCAAUGCUUGGCCUCCAAGAGCCAGUGUACCUGGCUGCAGACCAAGGACAGGGCUGCACUCAGCAGACAUUAUGUGCAGGAGCUUGAAGCCCGCUUACUCCAGCUGGAGACUCUUUUCCAGCAGACAGCCCCGAUUCUCGAGCAAAUUGGACAGGCGACCGGUCUCGACCUGAAUGCAUUGGCUUCUGCAAUUUCCGCGAACGAAGGAGGCACGGUACCCCCGACCGAAACGCUCCAGGGGUUUCUUCCCCGCAUAUCUGAAAGUGAAAUUCUCUCCAACGGUAUCGGCAGCCGCAGUUCUAGUGGUCAAGGCUCUGAAGGGGACGACGUCGCCGUCAAGAUUGAGGAUGAUGUCUUUGACGCAUUCGGCCAGCUCGCACUCGACGAACACGGCCACCUCCAUUGGAUAGGAAAGUCGUCCACCAUGACACUUAUUCAGCGACUGCGGGAUGCCACGACCUCCCCACUACAUCGUGUCUCGCCGAUGGAAGAGGAUCCUCUCGCGCCAGGCCCGAGCGUCAACAAGCUCUACUUCCCGGCAAGCGUGUACUUCGGGAAGGUCAGAGCUCUCCCCAAUCCAGAAGAGGUCGAGUUCCCCGAGCGGGAUCUCGCCGAUAAACUGGUCGAGGCCUAUUUCGCACGUUUCCACUUCUUGAUGCCCGUGUUGGACAAGCCGGACUUCAUGCGCCGGUACCGGUUUCUUAUGGACCACCAAGGCGACUUCCAAUUCAUUCGAACACACGCACCAUUUGUGGCCCUCGUGUGCGCAGUCUUCGCCGUUGCUUCUCGCUUCGUGGACGACCCCCGCCUGACCAUGUCCGAUAUUGCUGACGAAGCAGGCAUGGGUAUGGUUUAUCACGAACGUGCCCUGAUUUUGCACUACAUCAGCGGCUCUUCGAUGCAAGUCGAGCAUGUCCAGUGCUUUUUGCUCAUGACUUCCUUCCUGUGUUCGAUCAACUGCCUGCCACAAGCGUGGCUUUUGGUCGGACAGGCGGUGCGUGCGGCGCAGGAUAUCGGUCUACACCGGUCGCCCCGCCGGCUUCUCGUCAGCCCGAUUGAGAAGGAGACCCGUCGCAAGAUCUGGUGGGGCGUGUACACCCUCGAUAGGAUGCUCGCCCUUGCCCUCGGCCGUCCGCUGGCGAUCGAGGACAGAGAUUGCGAUGUGGAGAUCCCCGUCGAGCUGGAUGACGAACAGCUGCCGCAGUACUUCUCUGGCGCCACCCUUCCGCCGGGGCAUGUGCCGCUCAUGCGCGGGUUCAUCGAGCUAAUCUCGCUCUACAAGAUCGCCGGCCGGGUUCUGCGCGAGGUCUACGCCAUCGACAUGUGCAAGGACAAUCUGGAGAUGAACAAGCGCAACGAGCUCCACCGGUUUGUCGAGACUCUAGACCGGACGCUGAGCAAGUGGUGCGAAGAUUUGCCGGCGAUCUUCAAGUCCUCGCCGACGACGGAGAAGCAGGUGUCCAUGGCGGCGGUGCUUUGCAGUCACUAUUAUUCAAUCCUGACAACGCUCCACCGCAACUUCAUCCCGGUCAGAGGCGAACAGCCGGUCGCGCCGAUGUCGACGGCAAAGGCGGUCUCGACCGCGCGGGCAUGCGUCCGGCUUGCACCAUCGAUCAAAAACGUCGUGCCUCCGAGCCACCACCUGGCGUUCUUCAUCCAGAACCUGUUCAGCUCCGCGGUCAUCAUCCUGCUGUACGCGAUGCACGUCACGGACCCGCAGGCGUCGCGCGCGGCGCUGGAAGAGGCGCGACGGUGUCUUGUGGUGCUGGAGUCGUGGGAGGGGCACUGGCCGGGUGCGCGCAAGUGCAAGGAGCUGCUGGAGGACCUGACGGCGAAGGCGGGCGAGGCGAUCAACACCCCGGGACAGACGCGGGACGGGUUCGCGUCCGCCGGGCCCUCGGCCCACUCUCCGUCUUCUGCGCCGAUGGCUGUCGACGGACGCGCCCACGGAAUGGCUUCUGGGCCGCAGAUUCCGGGCCAUGUUCCCGAACGGCUCAUCCGCAACAGGCCCUCGCGGCGGAAUCGGUCGCGUGAUGUCCCCAUCUCGCCACGCAACGCACACGCCUCGUCGCAAUUCCGCGCAGACUGUGAGUCCUCGCGGCUUCUCCGGGCAGAUCUCCCGCACUCCCCUUCUCGCCUUACUGACACCCUGUCCCCAGCUCUGCGUGCCCGGUCCACGUCCCGGAAGCGGCCACAUGACGAGGAUCUCUACCAGGACCAGUACACCGGUCGCUCAGACACCGGCCUGCCCUCUUCUUACCCCGGGCGCUCCACCCUGGCCGCCAUGGGCCCGCCCAGCACUCAGGGCUCUUCUCCCAUCUCCGUGAACACUUCCUCUCCCCCCGGCCCGGCCCGCCGCUCCAUCGACGGCACCGACACCAGCCCGCGCAUGAUCCAGUCCAACCCAUACGCACCCUCCGCAACCCCGCGAGACGUCAGCGUCCAGAUCCCCGGUGCUGGCCAGCGCUUCGACUACGACUAUACGCUCCCCAGCCCAAGCUCGACGACGGACAGGUGGGCGAGCCCCGCGAUGGACGCGAACGAGCUCAAGUUCUUCCCCUCCGACCCGGCUGCGCAGGCGCAGCCCAUGCCCAUCAGCCGCCCUGCCUUUGGCCAGGGCCAUGUCCGCAGCUUUUCGGGCCCGCAGCUCUCAGGCAUCGAAACCUCCUCGCCCUUCCUGCUCGACGCGAACGACUUCAACGCCCAGAACGGGAGCGGCGCCGGUGGAGGGAAUUACGAUCCCUUCUCACCCAUCACCGCUGGCCCAUCUGCCGGCGCGACGGGUACGACGCCGCCCUCAGCGGGCUUCGCAGCUCCGGGGCUGCCGUUCCACGGGCUCGACUUCAUCCGGAAUUACAAUCCCGCAGGCGGAGCCGCGCCUGUGUUCAUGGGCGACCAGCAGGAGCAGUACUGGCAGAGCUCGUUCGACAACUACGGCGUCGACCCGGAGAUGGCCUUCACGCUCGGAGGCGACUUCACGACCGACGCGCAGUGGGCUGGGCCCCAGUGA